ACAGCCAGUGGUGGAGAAUGUCACCCACAUGAAGCUGUGUCAUGGCUGGCCAGGCAGCUAAGGAUGGGGCUGCAAUGGCAGUAGAGGGUCAGAGUGCAGAGGAGAACAAUGUCAGGUGCUAAGAAUUCUGCAUUUAGGGCUGGGCCUGGUAUAGCUCAGAGGGAGAGUUUCAAAGAGAGCACUGCAGCUUGGGCCAGAGAAGGGAAAGCGGGACAGAUACUAGGUGAUAGAAGGGUCUGAGGUCACUAGUCCCUCCCUCCAUCUACUGUCCCCUGUGCCUUGGGUAGGUGCAUGAGGUAGAGGAGGAGCGGGACAGGAGGGCUGAUAAGCCUCCUGUCCAGCGGAGUGAACUGGAGAAACACGUGGCCCUGCAGCCCCAAGCAGGGCCAUGCCUGGAACAUCAGCAGCUCCUGUGGGAGGUGCAGAAGGUGAAGAAGGAGCUGGAGGGCGCCUUGGGGCAGCUAAAGGAAGAAAACCUGGCUCUGCGGAACAAAAUGAGGGAGCAGGAGGAGCGCCUUCUGCAGGUUGACACCAGGGCAGAGCUGUGCUCUGUGCAGGCAGAAGAGCACAAGAACAUCGUGCACAACAUGGAGGAGCAGCAGGAGAUGAUUGAUGCCUUAGAGCUUCAGAACUGCCUGAUAAAGGAGCAGCUGGCCCAGAUGCAGGACAGCUUCCAGAGGCUGAUAGAAGAGAACACCAAUAUAGUGACCACCCUGAGCUCAGAGCAGCUCAGACACAAGGAGCUGACUUGGAAGCUGGGCCAGCUGCAGGAGGAGAUCACGCAGCUCAAGGCAGUGGUGGCGCUGAAGAGCCAGGAGGCCCUGGAGCUGCAGCAGCAGAGAGACCAGCUGCUGGGCAUCCUCUGCCACAGAGCUGAGGACUGUUUACACCUGGCCUCUGAAAAACACGCUCUGCAACAUCAGCUUCUACAGUCGUUUAAACAAGCGGUGAAUGUACAUCUGAAAGACCUGGAAGACCACAAGACCCUGGUUAGGUUUUACAAAGACCUGAAGACCACCCAGGAGGUCCUGUCAGCUUCCAAGCUUCAGAAGCAGCAGACAUCCUUGCCUGGAGUUGUGGCACUGCCCGGGGAAGGUGAAUGGAGGUGUCAGUGUUGCAUGGGCUGAGGAGCACUCUGAGAAUGAGUGGAGGAGGACGAGAUGGCAGAGGGCUGCUCAUUCUCUCCCAGAGGGUGGUGGCCCAGGGUGACCUGGUGAGGUGGGUGGAGGGGAGCGUAGGACUGCUCUGCCUCCCUCCUGACUGCUCCCA